AUGUCAUCCUCCGUUCAGGUUCAACCAUACACUUCCCAUGCCGACAAGUCUGACGGUGGAACCCCCGCAAGACCUAUCCGUACCCGAACCCAGGUCAAAACACCUGGGAUGGUCGCACAAUCCCCAGACUCUCGCCAUCGUAUCACCAUUCCCAAUGAACUCAUUGAGAAAACCAACAAGAAACAAAAAGCCAGUGCCCAUGAUUCAGUCGAAACCAAAUCUGACGCUUCUGCUUCUAGUGUUGUUGUUCAACCUAAGAGGAAAAAGAAGACGACUUCCUCUAAACCGAAGCAUAAAGCAGUCACAGACGCGCCCAUUCAUGAUGAUGAAGUGAAAGGGCGGCUAAGAGGGCAAAGAAGGACGAUCCAGCCAGUGAGCUAG